AUGAGCUCAAUAGGCCAAAGCAUAUUGAUGGCCCUGACUGUUACAGUGAACAAGUUUGCUUCAUCUAAUGUGCAGGCAGUCCAUAGAAGGCAACGCAAAGAUAGAAAGAAAACCAUUUCCUCCAAGGCAGCCAACGAUUUUGGAAGAAGAGGGCUGCUCUUAUCUGCUGCAUUUGCUACUCCCCCUGUCAGUGAAUCUGGGGCUGAGCUUCUUAAAAAGUAUCUGAAGAAGUCAGAAGAGAACAAGGCCAAGAAUGACAAGGAGAGAAUGGACAGUUACUAUAAGCGCAAUUACAAGGAUUACUUUGAGUUUGAGGGAGGAACUAUAAGGGCGAAGCAAGGGGAGCUUACCAAAUCAGAGAAGGGGAUUCUUGAUUGGCUUGAAAAUAACAAGUGA